AUGACUUACUCUCUCUUCAGUCUUCGGACUGCGGCAGCCUAUUUACAACUCAUUGUUCUUGUUGUCGCUUUCCCCAGUUCUUCUGCAAUCGAGAAGAGGAUCAUCGUUGCCCAACAAACCCCGGCCACAACCUACACCGACGAGUCUUGCUACACCGACCUGAUCAAUGGCCAUCGCAUCCUUGAGGCAGCUUCAACCGCUGCCGACGACAUGACCAUUGCGAAAUGCAGCGCCUUCUGUUCAAAGUACAAGUACUUCGGAGUCGAAUACGCCCGAGAGUGCUGGUGCGGAGACAGCUUGCAGAAGGACCAGAUCAAGGCCCUGGCGACUGAGUGUUCUUCGCCAUGCAGCGGUUUAAACCAGGACAUCUGCGGCGCGGCUAGUCGAAUCAACGUCUACACCAACACGGGAUACAAUGCAGGAACUCACGCAACUCUUGCCGCAACGCCCUACAUUGGAUGCUUUGUAGACAGCAACCCACGCGUUCUGCCGAACAACCAGCUUGCUUCUGAUGCCAUGACAGCAGCUGCAUGCGCUGUCAACUGCGCCGGAUUUACCUACUUCGGCACGCAAUGGUCCCGAGAGUGUUGGUGCGGUAACACCCUUCCUACCGUUACCGCCCCCGAGGCUGAUUGUUCCAUGCGAUGCACCGGGUCAAACUCCGAAACUUGCGGUGGCAGUUUGAGACUCAGUGUCUACGGCCCCAACGCCAAUGCUCCAGCCAACACGAAUACGAACGUCGCAACGGUUGUGCCUCCGGCUACCAUUUCCAAUUUCGCGUAUCAAGGCUGCUAUUCCGACAACGUUCCCCAGCGCGUGCUCUCAGGUGCGACCAAGUUCGACGCCGUCAUGACGCUCGAGAUGUGUGCUUUGUUCUGCGGCACGUCGAACUAUGGCCUCUUCGGCGUUGAGUACGCCGGCGAAUGCUACUGCGGCAACUCUCUGGAUACUGCCAGCACCAAGAAGACGGAUUCCGAAUGUUCGAUGAAGUGCAAGGGCAACUCCGCACAGCCUUGCGGUGACGGCAACCGCCUCAACGUCUACGCCCUCCCCACAGGAAGUCUGCAGGCCACGACAAACCCAACGGGUGUCAUCAAGGGCUUCUCCUACCAGUCAUGCUGGAUUGACAACGUCCUUGGACGUUCUCUCUCUGACAAUGUUCUCUUUGCUGACGACAUGACGGUGGAAAAGUGUGCUGCCUUCUGCCAGGGCUCCAAAUACUUCGGACUUGAGUUCGGCAAAGAGUGUUACUGCGGCAAUACUUUGGGCGCCUCCAAAGCCCCCGAAUCCGAUUGCAGUCAACACUGCGUGGGUGACGGCAAGCAGUUUUGUGGCAACGGCAAUCGACUCAGUUUGUAUGCCGUUCAGUCCACUCAGCCCUCUCAACCCUCGACCGGUGCCUGCAACGCCAACUACCACGCUGACCUGACAUCAUUCUCAGUGUCCCUUAGCAGCGACAAGGAUUUGAUGCCUUGGAUCCACGAUAUCACCGGCAAUGGGGCUACACUCUCGUAUGUACUAGGAGACCAAAGCCCCUCGGCAUACAAAGCUGAGUAUCCGCUUGGUGCGUCUGGUUCCGAUACGCUGUCACAGACGUUCAAUGUCAACAGAGGAGCAACGUACGAAAUCUCGGUCAGAUGCAAGAUUGGUGGCGACCUCUCGGUCGUGGCAGCGUCUUUGCAAGUUGGUACCCCUGGCGUAGGAAACGGUCCUUUGCAGAGUGGUACGGCAGUCACAACGUCCGCUGAUAUCAGAACCCUGAACGACGGCCAGUGGCAGACUGUAACUCUCACAUUCACGCCAACACUCGACGUUGCGAAGAUUUAUUUGAAAGCAAGCAUCUCUCUCGGUACAAGAGCAUCAUACGUUGUUUGGGAUGCCAUCACCGUCAAGCAGACUGCACCUGCGACGUCCAGUGUUCAGACCGAGACGGGUCCGAACUUUGUUGCUUACCGUGGCGGUACCGUAUCCCCCAACGCAUUUUUGGAUGCAUACACCGACGACAUCGUCGCGCCUGCCAAGACGGUGCCAACGAUUUUGGAUUUGAGAACACCCGGCUUCGACGGUACUUCCACGGCGCGCUUCAUCUACUUUGGCAACAGUAAAGAUGCUGUACCUUUCGCCGGUCCGGCCUGGCGCAUGGCUGGAUAUUUCAGCGGUAGACAGCCGAACAAGGUAGCCGUCAUGCAGACUCACAUUGCGUCUAUCAACAGCAACAACUGCUAUAUGCAGAUACUCAGACUGGGACAACUUAUUGGGAUGAAGAUGCUGGAUGGGUGUCCCGGUCAAUGGCAGACGAUCCAGUCGCUUCCGUUCGUACCUCCGUCAAACUCGUGGUUUCAGAUGUCGAUAGAGUGUCCUAAUCAGGGACGUGACGCUUCGGCGUGGGUGGACAAUGUCGAGAUGCGGCCGGUAAUUUGA